AUGCGCCCCUUCUACGCUGUCGUCCCCCUUGCCCUGGCGCUGCGCGCCGCCGCUCUCUACGAAGACUGGCACUUCGGAAACAUGUUUGCCGUUGGACCUACCACAAACAACGCCCAAAUCACCAAGGCUACCUAUUCACUUGUGCCUCCUGCAAUCCCUUGUGGUACUACCCAGGAGAAGCAGAACGAUGCCCCCUGGUUGUCCAUCUGGGUCGGUAUCUCUGCCUCGAUGUCGGAUCAGACCGCGGAUUUGUUCCAGCCUUUGUUGAACUGGUCGCCAGACCAGGAGUCCCAGGGCUGUCCGGCUACGGCCCAGGAGUGGUGUGUCGCUACCAGCACUUAUCACCUGUUUACUGUCGAUGACAAGAAGAUCACUCAGCAGGUCUCCAUUGAAGGAAAGCAGGUGUCUGAACAAUCUGACGACAAAUCUAUCAAUCCUACCUUCCUCUACUCCAGCAACGAAUGCUACCUCGGCACUUGUGGUACGGUCGCUGGUUACAGCUGGGACAAGCUCACCAUCCAUCUCAGUGAGGCCGAUCCCAACUUCGGCCAUACCCUGAACCUAAUGAACGCUACGUCGAGCGGCUUCACGACAUCCGAUCAGGGUAAGACUUGGUACACUGAGUCGAUCAAGAUCAAUGAGGAUUAUUUCUAUUCCAAUGGAUCUCAGAAGGAGUGCUCUGCUUAG